UAGCCUCUCUUCUUCUUCUUCUUCUUUGCUUUUUCUGUGCACCAAAAUGAAGAAGUUCGAGCUGGUCUUCAUACCCAUGCCGGGGAUGGGCCACCUGGUAUCCACUGUUGAGAUGGCCAACAUUCUCCUCACUCGUAAUCCUCGUCUCGCCAUCACACUACUCGCCAUUAAAAGCCCCUUCGAUUCCAAAGCUUCUCACUACAUCCAAUCACUCUCUGCUUCCGUUUCCACCAAUUCUCUACGUUUUAUUGUCCUUCCUGAACCACCCCCUCGACAAGAACAGAGUGAAGAUUUUGUGCUGAAGGAAGCACUUGUAAGCUACAAGCUGCAGGUCAGAGAAGCUGUCGCCAAGCUCACUGAAUCUUCUCAGACCCAGCUUGUUGGAUUCGUCUUGGACAUGUUCUGUAUGGCCAUGAUUGAUGUGGCUAAGGAAUUUGAGGUUCCUUGUUAUGCUUUUUACACUUCUGGGGCGGGCUAUCUUGAUUUCAGCUUGCAUCUUCAAGAGCUUUACAGUCAGAACAACAGCAAUGAGGUGGUGCAACAGUUGCAGAAUUCUGAUGUUGAGUUGGGUUUGUUGAGCUUUGUGAAUCCAGUUCCUAGUAAACUCAUUCCUGGUAUCUUUUCAUUUGAGAAGGCUGCCGUUUGGCUUCAUGAACAGGCCAAGAGACUUAGAUCAGAGAUCAAAGGCGUUCUUGUCAAUACAUUUGUGGAGAUGGAACCACAUGUGCUCAACUCCAUGUCGAGUCGCUCCGCGUCGCAACCGAUCCCGCUGUUGUAUCCUGUUGGACCUAUUCUACAGUUGAAAAAAGUUGAUUCUGAUGGAUCAAGUGCGGAUGUAUUGAAGUGGCUCGAUGAUCAACCUCGGUCCUCGGUCGUCUUCCUCUGCUUUGGGAGCAGGGGAAGUUUUGGGAAGGAUCAGGUGGAGGAGAUUGCACUCGCGCUGGAGCGGAGCGGGCUUCGCUUUGUGUGGUCCCUUCGACGACCCCCACCGGAGGGUACGAUCGAGGCGCCAAGCGACUACGCUACCUUUGAAGAUGUGCUGCCGAAGGGGUUUCUCGACCGAACGUCAGAGGUUGGGAGGGUCAUCGGUUGGGCACCGCAGGUGGAGAUAUUGGCCCACCCGGCCACAGGAGGAUUCGUGUCGCAUUGUGGUUGGAACUCGACGCUGGAGAGUAUGUGGUACGGCGUGCCAAUGGCGACAUGGCCAAUGUAUGCAGAGCAAAUGUUCAAUGCCUUUGAACUGGUGGUGGAAUUGGGAUUGGCAGUGGAGAUCACAAUUGAUUAUCAUAAUGAUUUUUGCAAAGAGAAGGCCAGAAUUGUGAGCGCAGAGGAGAUUGAGAGUGGAAUAAAGAGAUUGAUGGAUGAAGAUAAUGAGAUUAGGAAGAAAGUAAAAGCAAAAAGUGAAGAAUGUAGGAAAGCCAUAUUGGAAGGUGGAUCCUCCUUCGUCUCGUUGGGACAUUUUAUAGAUGAUGUUUUGGCCAACUCUCCAAGAGGAGAGUAAAUGAGGGAAGAAAUUAGAUUACAAUACAAAUAGAAAAGGAGAAUUUGGAGAUUUGGGUUACUUUAUCUCAAUGAUGAUAUGUAGCGUAUCGAUCUUUAGAUUUUUAA